GGGGACUCGGGGCAGCUAACAUGGGGCCAUGCCCAGAGCAAUACAAUAUAACAAAAUAUAAAACAACAUAACAUAGCACCAUUAAAAAUACAAUAAAUGCAUCACAUCAAGAAAUCAAAAAAACAGUAAAACAAGGGCAGGCCACGUGAAUCCAUUUUAACUGGAUUAUAUGGCAGUGUAGACUCAAGGCCCUUCCACACACCUAUAUAACCCAUUUAUAAUGGACUUAAUGUCAGGGGAAACCUUUGCCCUUUACCUUAACUACCACCAAUUCCUCAAUACUUUAUUUCCCAUUGACCAUACUUCGCCACAGCAACGCGUGGCUGGGCACAGCUAGUAGAUUUAUAUUUCCACAGGGCAGCUAACAUAAAAAUAUACAAUGUAUGCAUUAAACGGAAUGAAAAUCACAUAAAGUAACCAGAUUAAAUUAUCCAGCGUGAUGGUAAUGAACUUCUCCUCAUGCACGAAACUGUCAUUCAAUUCAUUCCAAUGGAACCUUUCUCUGCUCCCAAAAUGUGUUCUGAAGGGUCCAUCAAGGGAUGUGUGUGCUGUGAUACAACCAUACCACAUUCCCGUCAUAAAUGUAUAUAAGUCCCAGUUUCCUUAUUGCACCUCCAACAAUUGUGUAAAUUGUUUCUAUUUAAUAACAUUAUUGAAGUCACAAACUACAUUAAUUCUAGAUGCAUCCUUAGCAUCUAAAUGGAAGCCAUUUAUGACAUGUGGAUAAUAUCUUCUGCCUGUAUAAAUGUAUACAGUUAGCUUUCCACAUUGGCUGGUGUUAGGGUAUAAGAAAGUGAAAGAUCUAUUGGAAAGUACCCUAGGAAUCUCCCUAAGAAUUUCAGUUUGACUCUGUGGUCAACUUCUGGCCGAAAGUGACUAUAAAGCCACACUUGAAGACCUAGAGUUUCCUAGGGAGAAGAUUAUAAUGGUAAAAUCCGUAAAAGUCAACAGUUGCAAAUGUGGAAGGCCAGCUAUACACUUUGUUUUCCUUUUCGGGAUGGUAUAUGAGUGGUAGGAUCAUGCGGCAGGGGCGAAGCUACAUCGGGGUCCUCGCUCCAUUCUCUCUCCUGGCCACUUCGCUUUUGCUCACUCUCACAGCAUCUUACAAACCUGUCAUUGUUGUCCAUGGCUUGUUCGACAGCCCUUCAGAUUUUCGGCUUUUGCUUCAGUUCAUCAAUGAGACACAUCCGGGAACCAACGUAACGGUUGUCGAUUUAUUUGACCGCACCGAGAGCCUGAAACCGCUCUGGAUACAAGUGGAGGGCUUCAGGCAAGCUAUUUACCCUAUAAUGCAGAAUGCAGCUGACGGCGUCCAUCUCGUCUGCUAUUCACAAGGUGGACUCAUUUGUCGUGCCCUCCUCUCCACGAUGCCUGAUCACAAUGUGGACACGUUCAUCUCUCUCUCAUCCCCACAAAUGGGGCAAUAUGGAGACACAAAGUACUUGAAAUGGCUUUUUCCUCAGCACAUGAAGUCUAAUUUGUACCGUGUGUGCUAUACACACGUGGGCCAGGAUUUCUCGAUCUGCAACUAUUGGAACGAUCCUCAUCAUCGGGAUCUUUACCUCAACAACAGCAAUUUCCUGGCCCUGCUGAAUGAUGAAAGACUCCACCCCAAUGCCACUGCUUGGAAGGAGAAUCUCCUGCGGAUCCGCAAGCUAAUUCUCAUUGGGGGUCCAGAUGAUGGAGUGAUCAUGCCGUGGGAAUCCAGUUUGUUCGCCUUCUAUGAUGAUAAUGAAACUGUGCGGGAAAUGAAAUACCAGCCGGUCUACCAACUGGACACCUUUGGUUUGAAGACCCUGGAUGCUCGUGGCGACAUUGCUUUGUACGUGGUGCCGGGGAUUUCGCACACGGACUGGCACUCCAACCGCACGGUGUACGAGGCCUGCAUUGCCAAAUGGCUGACGUAGCCGAGGACGAAAGCAGACAAGAAGUGAGCGAGUCUUCAACUGAGAUGUGCUCCUUUCCUUCGUCUUGGCAACUCUCCUCCCUCCGGGCAGAAACUCAGUUACGUGUAGCUUUUUCUAGAAUGACUGAUGUUUUCUUUCAUAGUGGAAGAAACCUUUUUUUCUGCAGGAAUUUUUGGUAGAUGCCAGCAGCUGGGAUUUGGGGGGGGGGGGUUGGGAAUUAUCAGGUUUGGAUGGAAGUGAACUGGAAGAAUGGGGCCUCGCGUCUUUUGUUGGGUCCAGAGCUAUACAAGAAAAGAGCAAUACGGUAUCAAAUAACUGAGGCAAGGUGUGGGAUGAGGUAGAGGCAAAGUCUGGCAAAGAAACCGAAAACGAGAAAUUAGUUACAUUUAGUUGUAAUAAAAAGCAAUCAGGGAUCAUAUAUUUCUCAGUUCCAAACUCUGGGCAGACAUUGACGCUGUGUACAAACUGGCAACUUACAGCUUUGAAUUACUUUGCCCCAAAAUUGGAAAUGAGAGAUCAGUUACAAGUUGUAUAUUCAGACAUUGGUGGUAACUGGCACAACCCGACCUUGUUCUAAAGAGGAAGAUCUCUGAAAUGCUAGCAAAAAUUACUCUGGAGAAAGCUUACAUUCAGCCCUCUUAUUGUUUUGCUUAGUUUGUAGAGUUAAGUCUAUUUUUUGUUAUUAUUUGAAUCCUUGUCUGGACAUUUCACCAGGAAACAUGAGCUGGCUUGUAUCCUUUUUUACCUCAAACUCCGGUUCUGUGGCAUUUUCAAAAUCGGGGGAAACUGUUACCACAAAAUUAUCAUAGGAGUUGGGUUGUUGUGCAUUUUCCGGGCUGUAUAGCCAUGUUCUAGGAGCAUUCUCUCCUGACGUUUCGCCCACAUCUGUGGCAGGCAUCCUUAGAGGUUGUGAGGUAUAUUGGAAAACUAAGCAAGGGAGCCGAUGGUGGUGCAACAUGUUAAAGCUGCUGAACUUGAGGAGCGAAAGGUUUCAGGUUCAAAUUCGGGAAGCGGAGUGAGCAUCUGCUGUUAGCCCCAGCUUCUGCCAACCUAGUAGUUCGAAAACAUGCAACUGUGAGUAGAUCAAUAGGUACAGCUUCAGCAGGAAGGUUACGGUGCUCUGUGCCGUCAUGCCAGCCACAUGACCUUGGAGAUGUCUACGGACAACACUGGCUCUUCGGCUUAGAAAUGGAGAUGAGCACAAACCUUUACCUUUGAGCAAGGGAGGUUUAUAUAUCUGUAGAAAGUCCAGGGUGGGAGAAAGAACUCUUUGUCUAUUGGAGGCAAGUGUGAAUGUUGUAAUUAAUCACCUUUAUUAAUAAACCUCCCUGGCUUAGUUUUCCAAUAUACCUCACAACCUUGGAGGAUGCCUACCAUAGAUGUGGUUGAAUCAUCAGGAGAGAAUGCUUCUGGAACAUGGCUAUACAGCCUGGAAAUUGCACAACAACCCAAUGAUUUUGGCCAUGAAAGCCUUCUAAAACAUAUCAUAGGAGUUGUAGCUUUACAAGGGCUUUAGCCUCCAGCCAAGGAGGGCUGGUGCCUCACCAAAACUACAACUCCCAUGAUUGCAUAGCAUUGAACCUUGGAAGUUAAAGUGGUGUCCGGUUGCAUUGAUUCUACAAUGUAGAUGCACCCAUGGUUCAGUGUCCCAAGUUACAGUAACUUUUAACAUCUUUUUUCGUAACGUCAAUUGAAAGGAACCUCAGCGUUUGUUAAUGGCUGGGUUAUUGAAUUGAUUCUACAGGCAAUAUGUAUAUCUGUACAUUUCUUCCUUCAUAGAAGCACACUUUUAGAAUCUCAGGCUGGCAGCAGAAAAACAGGUUAGACAUAGGAAAUUCAUAAUCUGCUCUAACUUACAUUUUUUCAAGAAUAAUGUGUACUUUAAAUGCCUCACACUAGCAAUCAUGGGGUGAUUACAUUGGAGUAGCCUUCCACUAAGGUACUCAUACUAUCUCUUGGAGGGAAAACCUCAGCGCAUCACUGUUACAGUAUUAAUUCCUUAAUUUUUUUUUUACAAAGGUACAACAGGAAUAGGACUCAGGUUUACCUUUAGUCUCUCUGUUGGGGGUAUGGAAGUAGAAAUCAAGGAUGCACUGCAAGCUGAGUUUGAUGGGACUUCUUAAAUGAAUACGUUCAACCCAAUCCAGUAUCCUCUAGAUCAGGCAUGGGCAAACUUUGGCCCUCCAGGUGUUUUGGACUCCAACUCCCACCAUUCCUAACAGCCUCAGGCCCUUUCCUUUUCCCCCUCCGCCGCUUAAGCAGCUGAGGGGGAAAACUUUGGGCAAACUUUGGCCUGGAGAGCCAAAGUUUGCCCAUGUCCUCUCUAGAUGAGUUGGACUGCAUGGCCUUGCUGGGUUGGGAAUGAUGGUACUUAUAGUCUAGAAAUGGGGAAGGUGGCCCUGCUUGCAGUCCCAAAUCACAUUUCAUUUUGGCAAUUUUGUCAUCUGUAUGUGCGUGUUUUGAAUAGUUAGUGUUUGGAUCACUUCCCAUGGAGAAAAGCAAGCAUCUCCUGGAGGGUCAUUCCAUGCCAAGUGGUCUACAAUUUAAAAAGUUCCCACCAUCAUGUUCUCCAAUUUUGUUCAGAUUUUAGCUGUAACACCAGUCAGGUGUUCAACCAAGUUCCCCAAAAUUUGAGGUCUCCAACUGCAAUAGUUGCUGACCUAGAAGCCCUUAUCUGAAGGAUAGUCAGUCAGCAUGUGCACAACAUUGAACAAAAUGCCUGAAAGAGAAAAUUUUGUUCUACAAGACUGAUAGGUUUUUGUUUUGCGAUGCAACCAUUAAAUAUCCAUUUACUUAGGUCAAAGUAUGUUAUAUAUCAUAUCGAAACCAGCAUUCCCAUCACCAUAGGGGCCAUGCCCGAUAGCCAUGCAGUAACUAGCAAGACCAUGAGGAUGCAUAAAGCAUAAUGCAUAAAUGCACAAAACGUAACAUACUUUGACCUGAUUUUUUGUUUUCCUUAGGGUCAGUUUGCAAUCUUUGACAAUCCCAACUGUCCACAUAGCAUUACUUGGAUUUUUGUUGUUGUUGCUCCCAAAUGUAUUCCAACUCAGGAUUGACAGAUAAGUCCGUAUCUUUGUUUGCGUGGAAAUUGUUGCAGUCUGAAUAUUGGUCAAAAUUUGUCGCGACACGUUUUGAUGCACACUUUGAGUCAACUUGUUUGACAUAAUUUUGCAUCCAUAAUGUUAUUUCAAUUUACUAGCCAUUCUUAUACAUUUAUUUUCAAUUUUAUUAGACCCCAAAAAUGUCAUGUGCACACUGACUGAAUACCCUUCAGAUAAGAGGGGUCUAGAUCAGCAAUGAGACCUCAAAUUUUGGGAGACUCGGUUUAACACAUAACUGGCACUAUAGCUAAAAUUUGAACAAAAUUGGAGACAUGAUGGUGAGAAGGUUUAGACCACUUGGCAUGGAAUGACCUUGGAUUUAAGAGCCAGAAAUGUGGUGAAAUUGCCCCCAUUCCUCUUAAAGGAUAUUUGGGAGUGAAAGAAAUUCAGGAGAUGGAGUACAGGAACAGUUUGAUCCCCAACAGUUGUCCACUUGUUGUAUUCAGACACAUCCAGAGGUUAAGAUAGGGUGGUAUAGGAUGAUGCAAAUUUCCUGACUGUACCACUUCUGAUUCUGUAGGGGAAGUUUUUAAAUAGGAGAGCAUUCAGAAGUGUGAUGGUUUACUUGGAAUGAUGUCUUGGUUUACUUAGGACUUUACCACACCAGGCUGCUAAAGCGUAAUUAUGGCAGGGUACAAUGCUGUGGUUGUCCUGUAGUCACGUUGCAUUUGAUUUGCUAUUGGGUCAUCUCUUUUCAUUGAUGGGAAACCCCACCAAUGAAUCCAGUAUCACCAUUGUUCUGUUGUUCUUCCCUGUGUGAUAAUCUCCUUCCAUUGCAGUCCUUUUAUCGCAAAGCAGGAAUGCUACAAUUGUGCAGCUACACACUUGUGGUAAAAUAUCUGGAUAAUUAAGAAAAAUAGAAAAACAGUAUGCACUGGAGAGGAAAUGAGGCUAUGCAGAACAAUGAGUUUGUAUCUCAGUAUCUCCCAAUUGUGUCAUGGUGCUCCAAUAACACUAUGUAACAACAUUUGAAACAUAGUUUGAAAGUGUUAUUCCUGUUUAAUGGUGUGGUACUUACUUUGAAAGUAGUUGUUAUACUCCAGAAACUUUGUUUUUGUGGCUGCCACAAACUAUGUUGAAUUGGUUGAGACUAUAGGAGAUACUCAUUGAAAAACUAUAGCAAAAUGUGCUGCUGGAUGCCCCUCAAAAACAAAGUUUUUGCAGUUUAAUAAACUUUUCCUAUGUUUUUAUGAUAGAACCAAUUAGCAAAUCACAUUUAUAACCCAGGAACAAAAAUUGUGUUACAUAUUGCAAUUUUGUUUCUGUUGUCUCAUCACAAUUGCAUUGUUUAAGCAAACAGUCUGCUAUGAUAGGUCCAAUCUACACUGGUGGCUUAAUGCAGUUCAAGGCUAGCUUCAAACUGUGGCAGCCAGACAACAAACUGCCCCCCAAAACGCACAAAAGGAAACAAUGCACAGCAGUGCUCUGCAGUUUGUGUAAUCGCUACCCGGGUUUCAUAAUUUCUUAAGUAAUCAUCUACAUAGUGAAACCACUUUCUUCAAUGCUGGUUUGAAACUGCAUUUAAUGGUCAGUGUAGAUAGAGCCAUAAAGUCCCUAGAUUUGUAUCUCAUCAGUUGAUGUGAUAUAGUUUGUAUCUUGGUCACCUGUUUCCCAAGUUACUUUCCCCUAAUGUUUUGAUCAGAUUUAGGUGGAAGCUGGAUUCUCUAUAGCAGUGGUUCUCAACCUGUGGGUCCCCAGAUGUUUUGGCCUUCAACUUCCAGAAAUCCUAACAGCUGGUAAAUGGGCUGGGAUUUCUGGAAGGCCAAAACACCUGGAGACCCACAGGUUGAGAACAGCUGCUCUAUGGCUAUAGUAGCCAAAGCUGCAUUUAUAGCCAAUAUUCAACUCCAUCAUUAUGUGGAUCUACAUUCAUUUGCAUAUGUGGCCUACAUAUUUGCAUGGAUUAAUGGGGGGUGCUCUUUACUUUAUGUUUUGCUACUGUGACAUCUGCAUAACCUGUAUUUAUGUAUUUCUUUAUUUAAUGCCAGGGCCUUUCUGCCCACUAACGGUACUCAAGGUGGCUGACAGUGAUAAAAACAAAGAACAAAAUGCACUGAACAACAAAUUGCAAAUGCAUCAUUAAAAUGAAAAUAACCAGUCCCAUGCAACAAUAAUGCCAAAGACCUGUCUGAAAACAGAGUACGUCAGAGAGUAUGAAACAAGAAUCAUUGCCAGAGCACGAUGCCCUCUUCUUUGGAACUUGUUGUUGUUUCCUUCAAGUGGUUUCCAACAUGGCAACAUUGAGGUGAACCUAUCACAGUUUUCUAGGACUAAGAUUAUGUGAUUUGCCCAAGAUCAUCCAAUGGUUUUUCAUAGCUGAGCAGGGAAUCAAACCUUAGUCUUCAGAGUUAUAAUCCAAUGCUCAGACCACUAUACCACAUUGGUUCUUAUAUCUAAGCUUUGCCACCAUCCCCAUGAGGAUGCCAAAUACUAGAAGUCUAAUAACUGAAUACAGGAGCUUGUGAAGGAUUUAUUGUGAUUGCUGUUGUUUACAGUUCGGUUAUUUGCAGAGCAUAGGCUUUACCAUCAACAGGGUACAAUGUUCCCCUCAUAAGGUGUAUGGUCAUAAACCAUAGGAAGCAAUUCAUUUGGAUUUGUUUCAUAUUUAGAGUCACCUAGGAUACCAUCUUCAUGUAUGUGUUUUAAUUUUCAAAAUUUCAGAAAGUAAAGACUUUGUUAGCCAUUUGUUUCUUCCUCUGUUCACUUCAGGAUUUUUUUAAUAAACAGUUUUGUCAUAAUGCAGCUUGACACAAUUGUUUUGGCUCAAUGCUAUGGCAACAUAAGAGUUGUAGUUUUACAGGGUCUUUAGCCUUCUUUGGCAAAGACCACUUGAGUCUCACUAAACUACAAUCCUCAGGAUUUCAUAGCAUUGAACCAUGGCAGUUAAAGUGGUGUCAAAGUACGUUAGUUCUACAAUGUAGAUGCAUCCUCUGGCUUAAAAUUUUCUGGUCCAGUGCUAAGACUAUUACAAUACAGUGGCCUUCAGGCAAAACUUUAAUGCAGACUACAUGCUUCUUUAACUACAGUACAAAAACUACAUUUUUAUUUUUCCAUUGUUGUCAUUUAUGUUGAAAAAAUUACUGCUUGGUAACAUAACGAAAUCUGGAGUAGGUUUGGGGGAGCUUUUGUCUUUAUUUGCUGCUUCCCAUCAUGUUUGCCUAUAGUUCAAAGGAUAUUGGAUAUUUGCAUCUCUUUGAGUGGAACUACACUGUCAUAUAAUGCGGUUUGAACUGCAUUAAACUGCAUUAUAUGGGUUCACAUUGGUCAUAAAAUGCAGCUCAAACUGCAUUAUAUGGCAGUGUAAAUCCAACCUUUGCUAAUGCUGGCUUUUUAACACCCUAACUAUCAAUUAAGUUUGCUUGGUUCAAUUCCUUUUUGAUGAUAGAAUAUAUUACGUAGUAGGCUUUUAAAGCUUAGGAUCAAAAAGGUAAAGUCAUUUUGACUUGCUUUACCUAUUCAGUAGAAGGUACGAUCAUAGCAUUGCACAGGGGACAGUGGAAAGGAGAUACGGAAAUAAUUGGGUUGCUGUGAGUGUUCCAGGCUGUAAGGACAUGUUCCAGAAGCAUUCUCUCCUGACGUUUCACCCACAUCUAUGACAGGCAUCCUCAGAGGUUGUGAGGUCUGUUGGAAACUAGGCAAGUGAGGUUUAUAUAUCUGGAAUAAUGUCCAGAGUGGGAGAAAGAACUUUUGUUUGUUUGACGCAAGUGUGAAUGUUUCUAUUGGCCACCUUGAUUAGCAGUUAAUGGGCUUUCAGCUUCAAAGCCUGGCUGCUUCCUGCCUGGGCCAUUCAGUGCUAAUCAAACUGGCCAUUUGCAACAUUCACACUUGCCUCAGGAAGACAAGGAAGAGUUCUUUCUCCCACCCUGGACAUUAUUCCACAGAUAUAUAAACUGCACUUGCCUAGUUUCUAACAGACCUCACAACCUCUGAAGAUGCCUGCCAUAGAUGUGGGCAAAAUGUCAGGAGAGAAUGCUUCUGGGACAUGGCCAUAGAGCCCAGAAAACUCACAGCAACCCAGUGAUUCUGGCCAUGAAAGCCUUCGACAACAUACAGAAAUAAUGUUUCUCCUUCAAUUGAAAAGCUUAUAGUAUCUGAUUGAUAUUUUGCACGGCCUGCUUUCGAGAAGCACAGACUUCAUAACUGCCCUUGCUGAAAUCUAGUGUAAUCAUUGUGGGAUUUUGGUGCAGUUGGUAUAAUUGUCAUUCUCCUUUGUUACGCAUAUUUUAUUUGUAUCCCAUGAAACUCCGCUAUAAAUUGCAUACUCAAAUGAUCCAUGUUUCUGCUUUUCCUCCUGAUUGUAUUUCUUGAGUUGACUUUUGCACAUUUAAAGGAAGGAUAAACGAAGCCUAUCCAUUUCCUGUCUCCUAUAUUCCGGUGCAGUACGGGAUUAGGUUUGAAUCAAAUCUGCAAAAGUCCAACCUGUAAAUGUUGAAUGCUGACCAUAUUUUAAAAACAGCAGGAGGAAACACAUGAACAUUUUGCAUUGCUUUGAAAUUUGAAAAGUAGGUGGACUUUGUGAAAUUUGAGUGAGGAGCAAGAGAGCUGUUGGUACAUAGGUUUCUUCUUUCAGGUCUGAAGGUGGGCUCACCCUGCAAGCGACAAUAUAUUGUGUUUUUUAAAUGUUUGAUUUGUUUUCACCUUUACUUGAAAGUAAGUCCCCUUGAACUUUGUAGGCUGCCUUGGACUCUCGAUUCAUAGGACUGGAACGUUCCCUUUGCCCCUUGAAACCAGCAAUGUUUACAUAUUUAUGGUUUGAAACACUAUACCCUAUGAUAGGAUGUUUUGUUGUUUUCAUCUCUGCUAGUUCUAGGCAUGGCUUUGUUCGAUAAGAACUGGCUCAGUGUUUUUCUCCAAACCUCCCUUCUGAAAUUUCUGCCUCUUUUCCUAGGCCAGGCACAGUUUUAUAAAACAGGUUACACUGCCUCCUUUUGAGGCAAAAGAUGAAGAAAUGUGUCUGUUUGAUGGCUUGAAAUGUGGCUGCCUUCCCUGCCACGUGAAGUAUCCCUGUAUUUAUAUAAGAAUAAAGCGAUUUGUUCCCAAA